CUCACAGGACUGAAUUAGACUUGAGGCGCAGGGAGGCGUUAGCACCUCUAGUCUGAACCAGAACUAGCUGCAUUGGGCAGACAGGAAAAAAUAGCUGGCCGUCUGCUAGCAACAUAGCUCUGAACCUCAGGCUAGCAAGAAGAUAAAAGAAAGAACUGGAUCGCCACCACGGAUUUCUUGUGGGAUAAACGGACGGGCCUCGCUGCUAAAACGAUGCCUCACACAAGACGGUACUCGUCUUCGGACAGAGACAGUCGAAGCAGCUACCAGGACCGCUACAGAGACAGAGACAGAGGGCGAAGACACCGGCACAGAAGAUCGCCCACCUACUCAUCCAGCAGUGACAGAGACAGAAAGGGACGGGGACACAGACAGGAAGGAAGCUAUGUACGCUCAAGGAGUCGUAGUUAUGACAAUCGUUCAACGGAGCACCGGCCAUUUGACCGAAGAUACUGCGAGGGAUACAGACGCUUGGAUCAGAGCCGAGAUCGAGACCGUGACAGAGACAGGGAGCCACAUGGAGCGGCUGAAAGUUACUAUACACGCGACUUCUCCCCAAAUAUGUACGACUACCGACGCGGGCGCGAGAGGGAGCGUGAACGGGAUGAGUCGUACAGGCGGAAAGGCAGCAGGCGUAAGCACAAACGAAGGCGGCGUAGAACCAGGUCCUAUAGCCCAUCCUCCUCGCGGAGCGACAGCCGGACGCGGGCACUGAGUGUGAGGGACGACGAGGAAGGGCACCUGAUCUGUCGGAGUGGGGACGUCCUGCAAGAGAGAUAUGAGAUUGUCAGCACUUUGGGGGAAGGCACCUUUGGGAGGGUGAUGCAGUGCAUUGACCAUCGCAGGGGAGGAGCCCAUGUUGCCCUGAAAAUAAUCAAAAACGUGGAGAAGUACAAGGAAGCAGCUCGUCUGGAGAUCAACGUAUUGGAGAAGAUCAAUGAGAAGGACCCUGAUAACAAAUUUCUGUGUGUACAGAUGUACGACUGGUUCGACUACCACGGUCACAUGUGUAUCUCCUUUGAGCUGCUAGCUCUCAGCACCUUCGACUUUCUAAAAGAAAACAACUACUUGCCCUACUCAAUUGGUCAGGUCAGACACAUGGCCUACCAAAUCUGUCUCGCUGUAAAGUUUCUCCAUGACAAUAAGCUGACACACACAGACCUAAAGCCUGAGAACAUUCUGUUUGUCAACUCAGACUUCACAAUGUCCUACAAUGUAGAGAAGAAACGUGAAGAACGGACGGUUAAGAGCACAGCAGUACGUGUAGUGGACUUUGGCAGCGCCACUUUUGACCAUGAGCACCACAGCACCAUUGUAUCCACACGGCAUUACCGUGCCCCUGAGGUUAUACUAGAGCUGGGCUGGAGCCACCCCUGUGAUGUGUGGAGCAUUGGCUGUAUCCUGUUUGAGUACUACCUGGGCUUCACCUUGUUUCAGACUCAUGACAACAGGGAGCAUUUGGCCAUGAUGGAGAGAAUCCUGGGACCAGUGCCCUCUAGGAUGAUUCGUAAGACGAGGAAGCAGAAGUACUUCUAUCGUGGCCGUCUGGACUGGGACGAGAGCUCCUCAGCGGGGAAAUAUGUCAGAGAAAACUGCAAACCUCUGCGGCGGUAUCUGCUCUCGGAGGCGGAGGAGCACCACCAAUUGUUUGACCUCAUUGAAAGCAUGUUGGAAUAUGAGCCCUCUAAGAGGCUGGCACUGGCUGACUCCCUCAAACACCCUUUCUUUGAGAAUGGUGGCAUUGGUGAGGCAGCGGGCAGCAAGAACUGGGAGGGCAACAGAGACAUCAGCCGGUGACCCACAAGCCUCCAAAGACUGAAUGACAGAGGAGAUCAAGUCUUUUAUAUGUGAACAGGUGAACUGUUGAAUUAAUAGGGGCUUCGGACGUUUUCUGUCGUUUUUCUUUUAAGCAUGGACACCUUAAUGUCUCGCUCCUCCAUCCCGUCCCUCUGAUGUCCACCUCUGCAGCCACAAGAGGCAUGUGUUUUCUUUUUUUUCAGCAGCAGAGAGACCAAAAUAACCCACAAAGACUGGAAACGAGUCAAGAUUAAUUUUUUGUAGGGGUCACAGCCUCAGUAGAGGACAAAAAUCUUAAAUGGAAGAUUAUUUGAACCCAAAGUAGCCCUCUAUGCAGCUCCUGUCUUCCUUUUGACUUCUGAACCACCUUUUUCCCUUCCGUCCGUCAUAUAAUUUUCAUCAGCAUGUGAAGAAAAUAAUUCACCCCACUUAGGAAAUAAGCACCACUGCACUCAGUCAUAAGAAAACUGUUAUGGAGAAGAAAUGUCUUCUGAUUCUGAAGUCUAAGGAAAGGGUAAAAGGGAGAUAGAGCUGUAUAUGCAGCACAGGUCCUCACCUGCAUAAUUCUAAACAUAGAGACACACAGGAUAUUCAAUUAUGCUAGCAACAAAUCAGCAAAAGUGAAUAUCAAAUUUCCCUGGCAAGAAUCUCUAGCAGAAGCAAGUGUCUCAGGUUUAUGUUUACGUUUUUGUUAAGUGAGCACUUGCACUGUGUAUAAUUUUUCAUGUGUCUUUUUUUUAAUGUAUAAAAGGGUUGUCCUCUGCAUGGAGACUAUAGCCCUUAAUCUCCAGUCAUUAGGCCUCUUAUUAUUCGCCAGUGAGAUAAUAAUGGUGAUGGACACUCCACACACACAGGCCUCUGUAGCCUGUCUUAUUGAUAGAUAUGUCUGUUUGUUACGGUAUGCAAUGCUUUCUGGGUAUGCGAGUGUGUGUGUGUGUGAGUGAGUGUGUGGGUGUGUAUAGAGGUGUGGAUGGAGCGGGUGACACUUUCACAUCAAUGUUUGCUAAGAGACUUCUUAGUAGUUCAGCAUUAGUCAUAGGAACAUUCUCAUAUACAAAAAAAACAAACUGCCUUUUUUCAUGUGUGAUAUGGUCAGACCUGAAGUCUCUCCAUUGAGGUUAAGCACACAGCUCCUGGUGGUAGCCAAUGAGCCACACACAACUCCUGUCGACGUAUUUAUUUUGAGUUCCAGUAGGUCAUAGUCCCCACCCCCACACCUGUAAAUGACUUGUUUUUUUGUAUGAAAUUAAAGCGUAUAAAACUGUAUAUAUGUAUGAUUGUGUAGAAUUAAAGUUAAGUCCUCCUUGCCAGAGGCUUAUGGUGCUCUCAGUAUCAGUUUGGGCCCCUGGUAGCUUAAAGGAGGUGUUCUGUCUUUAAAUACCA